UCACAGUAGCGACCACCCCGAAACCCCACCCCACCCCACCCCGGCCGCCGACGCACGGGACACCAUGGAUUCCGGCGCCCUGCGUCCCUCGCCCCAGUCGGCCGCCGCCGCCGCGGCCGGGGCAGCUGCGGGGCCCUCCGCGGCGGACGAGCCCCGCGACGCGCGCGUGGUGCGGGAGCUGCUGCGCUCCAUGGGGCUCAGCGAGGGGGAGUACGAGCCGCGCGUCGUGCACCAGUUCCUCGACCUGGCCUACCGCUACGUCGGCGACGUGCUCGGGGACGCCCAGGUCUACGCCGACCACGCCGGCAAGCCCCAGCUCGACGCCGACGACGUCCGCCUCGCCAUCCAGUCCAAGGUCAACUUCUCCUUCUCCCAGCCGCCGCCCCGCGAGGUUCUCCUUGAGUUGGCACAGAGCCGAAACAAGAUCCCGCUGCCCAAGUCGAUUGCUCCACCUGGCUCAAUUCCUCUGCCACCAGAGCAGGACACGCUGUUGAGCCAAAACUACCAGCUCCUAGCUCCGUUGAAGCCACCGCCUCAGUACGAGGAAACAGAAGAUGACAAUGAAGGAGCCAACCUGACCCCUACUGCAACCUCAAACCUCACCAACCCAAAUCCAAACAAUCUGCAGGAGCAGAGGGUUAGCGAGCAGCAGCAGCUGCUGCAUCAGCAGCAUGCUCAGAGGGUCUCUUUCCAGCUCAAUGCUGUUGCGGCCGCAGCUGCAAAGCGCCGAGGGACCAUGGAUCAGUUGAACAUGGGCUAGCUGCUGCUGGGCGUUGCCUGGUUUCCUCGCUUCCAUCGUGCAAACCUUCAAAUUCUUGCUAGUUUGUUUGUCAGAUGAGAAGUAAAUAAGCUUAGCUUGUGCAGGUGUACGAAUAUUGCUUCAAGAAAGGGGAAUGAUCUCGCAUGAAGUGUGUGCAUGCUGUUCUUGUUGUUCUUGUUGACCGCUGGUUAAUUGCCAACUGUCAUAUGUUUUUCCUGUUGAA